AUGAAUAAAACAGCGAACAGUAAAAACGUACAACCCAAGUACAAAUUAGAAAAACUAAUUGGAAAAGGUACAUUUGGAAAAGUCUAUUACGCGAUAGACUUGUCUACGCAGGAAGCAGUUGCUAUCAAAAGAUCUCCCAAAUGGAGGAAUAAAGUGUCGAGGGAAGUCCAUUUAUUAAGAAAGAUGAGAUACAGCACAAACAUAAUAAAUAUAAAAUCAAUCUUCUACACAUUCACAGAAAAAGGAUUUAUAAUUCAAAACAUUGUGUUCAAGCACAUGACGUACAGUUUAGGAAAAUAUAUUAGACUAAAAAAACAAGAAAAAAGAGAAAACAAGUACGAUCGCAUCGCGUCAUUCGACUUGCGAAGUAUCAUUUAUCAAAUAUGCAUAGGGGUCAAGCAUUUGCAUGAACAUAAUUUUGCCCAUAGGGACUUAAAGCCUGACAAUAUUUUAAUCGACUUUGAUGCCUCCAAUAUUAAAGUUGAAAUAUGCGAUUUAGGAUCGGCAAAAAAAGUUGAAACAGAUAUUAUUUCUAUACCUUACAUUUGUUCGAGAUGGUACAGAGCACCGGAGCUGUUAUGCGGUUCAAUGUAUUAUACGACAGACGUGGACUUAUGGUCUCUGGGAUGUAUAAUUUUUGAACUGAUUAUUCUCUGCCCUCUGUUUCCAGGAAAAUACAAAAAUAAUGAAUUUUCAGAAGAAUGCUCACAAAUAAUAAAUUUAAUCGAAGUUUUAGGAUCCCCUAAAAUGAGUUUCUACGAGAACAUAAAAGAUAGCACCAGUAAAAAAAAUAAAUUGCUUAUAAAGGAGUUAUGUGAAUUAAAUAUUGAGCCCUUAUCAUGGACUAGUAUUUUAGGAGAUGUUUUGGGAAAUGGUGAAAAGGAGCUAAUUAAUAUCAUAGACGGACUUUUAAAAUGGUGUCCAAAUGAGCGAUUAAAAAUUGAUGAUGUUUUGAGUAACCCUUACUUUUCUACAUUUCGUGUAUAA